CAGGUAUAUUUGGAUGGGCACAUUGAGCACUGUCCUCAGAUGUAACCAGACAUCAACAGCUUCACAGCUUUAAUGGCCACUUUUUUCUUUUAAAGUAACUAAAAGUACUUUUCAUCAACAUGAGUCCUUUUUGGAAACACCGUAAAGAGCCCCCAAGUUCCACAACCUUUGAUAAACCAUGGAGAGACGAACCAUGGCCGAAUAAAAAAGAAGACUUUGAUUAUGUGACGUGCUAUAAACCUCAGUCAGAAGCUGAACACGUCAGAGUUCUGCUGUUUGGACCACCAGGCGCGGGAAAGUCCAGCUUCAUCAACUCUGUUGACAGCGCUCUGCGAGGAAGAAUUUCAGUUCGAGCUUUGGCAGCCAGCAACUAUGAGCACAGCUUCACCAGCAAAUACAGAACUUAUAAAAUCCAGACGGGGAAGCCUGGAAGCUUUUAUCCUUUUGUCUUCAGUGACACCAUGGGUAUUGAGAAGAAUGAUCGGAGAGGAGCUGAUGUGAAAAUUAUGAAAAAGAUCCUGAAAGGACAUGUCAAAGAAGGGUUCAAGUUCCUUCCUGGCAGUAUCCCACUUGGAUCCUACUACAUUGACACUCCGACCAUCAAUGACAAAGUUCAUGUUGUGGUUUGUGUUGUUCCUGCCUCCACAUUAAACCUGAUGGAUGAGGAUUCUCUUCGCAAGUUCAGGGAGGUCAGAGAGAAAGCCAGUGAUUUAGAGAUUCCUCAAAUUGCAAUCCUCACUAAAAUCGAUGAAGCCUGUCCUGAGGUCAAUAAAGAUAUCAGGAAUGUCUACAAGAGCAAGUACUUGAAAGAGCAGAUGGAACAACUGAGUGCGACCCUGGGGAUUCCAAUGAACUGCAUCUUCCCAGUAAAGAACUACAGUGAAGAAACCAAAACGGAUAAGGAUACCGACACACUGAUACUGAGUACAGUGAGACAGAUCAUCGACUACGGAGAAGACUUCCUGAAUGACAUCGCAACUACAAAAGGACACUAAGCAAUCAGUUCUUGACAUGAAGUUCAGACCAAAACAAUAAGAUGCAUGUACUGUGCUCUUUAUUACUUUGAUCCCAUUUUUUUUGUGUUCAUAGAUUAAAAUGUGUCUUACCUGUGCACAAUGUUAUGUGACUCAGGACGAGAAUGGUUAAAAACUCAGCAACAAAAAAUAGUUCAGGUUCUUAAGAUGUACAGUUUGCUUGUGAUGAAUUUAGACUCUUAAUUUGCUCCCAUUUUUCACGUUAUGAGUCAGUUAUGGUGUUGAUUGUAAAUUUUAAUGACAUGGGGUCUGCUAUUAUAUUUCCCAGAUGAAUAUUUGAUCUUCAAUGAAAACUCUUUCCUGACCUAGAUUUUAAUUUGAUUGGCUAAAUAGACUGUGGUCUUUCUAAUGAAUUUAUUGUCACAAUUAUUUUAGCAACACACAAAGAGAUGUAAAGUACAGCCUCAACCACAGACAGUUAUAUUACAGGAGUAGACUUGUAGUUCUCAAGACCCAUCUCGAGACCAUUUAUUUGUGGUCUUGGUCCUGUCUCGGUCUCGAGAGCAAGUUACUUUUGAAAAAAGUUACAGUCACUAGUUACUGAGUCAGUAACUGAGCUACAUUUAAAUUACUAUUUAAUUAUAUAAUUUUAAAAUUAACUAAUCAUUAUUAUUAUUAUUGCAUUAUUUUAGAAAAAUGUGUUUAAAUAUAUCAAAUAAUUUGGAUCCCCUCUUACAGUAAUGGAACUUUAAGAUCAUGUUCAAGUAUUGAACAAUUUGAUUAUUUAAAGCUUAACAUAUGAUUAAUGAAAUGAAUGGACACUUUACAGAUUAAAUUACAAACAAGAAACACUACAUUAAUAUAAAUUAUUUAAAGGUUGUCAGUUGCCAAAUUACAGAACCCGAAAGAGCAAUAUGAAGAGGUUUUGGGGGUGUUUAGGUCUUAUUUAAAACACGCACAUGAGAGCUCUUAUUAUUAUGUUCAAUGUUUUUAUUAUUUUUCUUGAUGGUAUUGUGUCUGUGUUUUAAUGAUUGCUGUAUUUUACAUUGUUGCUUGGUUUUUGCUGUUUUGUUUUCUUUUAUGUUAAAAAAAACAAACUCAAAUGACAAUGUUAUGGUUAUUUUGGGCAGAGCCAUAACAGUAAAAUUGGUUAAAACCUGACUGGUGAAAUAUUCAUGAAUAAAAUAUUUUAAAAGUUGAUUUGAAUCUUGAGAAAAUG